UCAGAGAUCAUGUAGCUCCGUACCAUUCCGAUUUGGACGACGUGGUAUCUCUUAUGUUCAACAAGCGCGAGCAUACACCUAAAUGCGCUGCGUCUAUAUGUGCUCCCGAAUUACAUAGAGUGCAAUAUGGAGGGGUGGUCCUAUUCCUAGUCUAUGCAGGUGCUUCCUAAGGUAGUCGUGGCCUGUUAUCAUCCGGAACUCUGCCACAGCCUCCUUUCUUGGCAGGUUCAU